AUGGCUGAACAUAACAAUAAUAAUAAUAAUAAUAAUAACUUGUAUGAUAUGUUCACCACAUUAUCAUCGCCGAAUGUAUCACAAUCUGCAACUCCGAAUAACCAUAACAAUGAUAUUACUAAACAUGAUGAUCAUAUGGAUACUGAUAUAAUAUUGCACAACGAGAGUAACAAUAAUAAUUAUAUAAACGGGUUCCAUAUCGAUACCAAAAAUAUCACUGCUUCCACAAUGAGUACCGCUACCGCUACAGCUACCGCUACAGCUACAUUCGAUGCAAUGUUAGAAGUAUUACCUGAUGAUAAUAUACCAUUUAAUUCAUUCUUUUCAUUAUCUAAUGAUACUAAUAAUACUACUACCACUACGAAUCAUAAUGACAAAGACAUAGAUAUAGAUAUGAUCAUGAAUAAUGAUAAUAAUAUUAAUAAUAAUAACAUUCAUAAUAGUAACAGUCUUUUUGAUCAAUUCACAGAUUUAUCCACAAAAAAUAUAGAUCAUAAUAACAACAAUAAUGACUCUAUCACAAGUACUACUGCAAGUUCAAAACCAAUAGAUAUAUCAAAAAAUCAACAAAAUGGUGAAAUCGCACAAUUUUGGGAUUUUAAUAUAGACUCAUUAAAUAUGACUCCAGGUAAUUCAACAGAUUCAGCAACUAUUAGUGCUCCAAAUAGUUAUAAUUCAGAUAUUAAUAAUCAUAAUCAUCAAAUUGGUAUACCUUCAUUACCAAAAAAUAAUCAUAAUAAUAAUACUCACUUCCAUAUAGGUUCCACUCCAAAGAAAAAUUCAUUAUUUUCAACUUCAAUAACUAAUCAUUAUCAAAAUACUCAAUUAAACAACAAUAACACGAACAAUAAUAACCAAAUACCGCCUUCAUUUUCUACAAAUAAUCAAUUCAAUAAAUAUCAACCACAAAAUAAUAAUGAUUAUAAUCUCCCGACAACUUUAAAACCAAAUUCUUCAAAUUCAAUUAAAAAAUUACCCAUUUCAAAACAAAUGUCUUCAACUUCAUUAUCAACUUAUAAUAAUGGAAAAAGAACUCCAUCAAUUUCAGAUUCAUCUAUAAUAUCAACUUCAUUUUCGAAUAUUAGCACAGCAACAAAUACAACACUAUUGAAGAAACCAAUGACAAUAUGUUUCAAUUGUAAAACUACAAAGACCCCUCUUUGGAGAAGAGAUCCACAAGGUAAUACUCUAUGUAACGCUUGUGGAUUAUUUCAAAAAUUACAUGGAACAAUGAGACCAUUAUCAUUAAAAUCGGAUAUCAUUAAAAAGAGAAAUACAAGGAAAAAGACAAAAAGAAACUUGCAACAAGAACAUUGGAAUCAACAACAACAACAACAACAACAACAACAACAACAACAACAAAAGAAUAAUAACACCGCGACCACCAACAAUGCCCUUGCAAAUAUAUCAUUACGAAUACAUCCGAAACAAACAAUUUCUGAUAACAAUUUAAUGAAUACAACAAACACUUCAAGAUCAACUACCUUGGCAACUACUAAUACAAAAGUUAUGGCUGAAUUAAAUCAAACCUCAAGAUUAACAAUGAAUAACAAUGAUACGAAUGCUUAUGUACCGUCAUCUCAACUAUUAAUUAAUAAUACCAAUUCUAAUUCAACAACAACUUUAAAUAAUAUUACAAUGCCCCAGAAUAGAAAUAUGAAAUCAAGAAGAAGUAGUACAUCAUCAAAUACUUCAAAUUCAAGUAGAACUUCAACAAGAUCAAUGGUACCAAUAUUACCAAAACCAAGUCCAAACAAUAAUUCAAAUAAUAGUACCGCAGCGUCAUCACCAAGAAUAAUUAAUAUGAAUUCUCAUGGUAUUAAUAAUAAUAAUAAUAAUAAUAAUAAUAAUAAUAAUAAUAAUAAUACAAACACUAAUAAUAUAAUGGCAAGUAAUAGUCCAUUACAACAAGGUCUUUUCUCAACUUCUUAUUCAUCAAUUAAUAGUGCUAGUAAUAGAACAGGUAUUACAAUUCCAAGAAGAAAAAAUUCAAGAAAUCCAUCUUAUUCUUCCUCAUUUAUGGCAAAUUCUUUACAACAAUUGCAACAACAGAAACAAUUGCAACAACAUCAACAACAACAUCAACAACAACAACAACAGCAACAACAAUAUUUGUCAAAACAAAGUAGAGAAAGUUCUGCUUCAACCAUUACUGUAUCUAAUAGUUGGAAUUCGAGAAAUAAUAGUAAUUUAGACUUAUUUAAUAGUAACAAUAACAAUAACAAUAACAAAAACAAUAAUAAUAAUAACAGAGUCACAAGUAAUGAUGAAGCUCUUGAAUCACCAACAUCUAUUAUUCAAAAUCCCAUUAGAAGACCAUCAUCAAGAGAUUCACCUAUGUCAUUAUUGUCACAACAAUUUCAAAGUUCAACAAGAAAUAACAAUAACAAUAACAAUAAUAGUAAUAAUAACAACAACAACAUAACAAAUAGACGAAUACCUUCCAGUUCGUCAAUAUCAAACCCUAAUAAAGCUAAUAUGAUAGAAAGUCCAGAAAAUAUGACGAACAAUAAUCGAUUUUAUCAAUCACAUUUUGAUUCCCCACCAAUUUCAGCAACAACACCAACUUCAUUAUCAGCAUCAGCAUCAGCAUCAUCAUCACAAUAUGAUUUACAAUCCUUACAUUCUUCAUCUGGAAGAGAAUCAUUUCAUUCAACAAGUACCACAGCAUCAAUUUCAACUUUAAACAAUAAUAAUAAUAAUAAUAAUAUGACUCCGCAUAGAAAUUAUUCAGAUUCCUUAAAGCAACAAAGAAAUUUUAAACAUUCAUUAUCAAGAGAAAAUAGUGCAAACUUUAAUAGUAACACUAGCAACAAUUUUGAAAUAAAUAAUCUAUUAUCAAUGGGGAUACGGAAAUAUAAUGGUGAUUUACAAAUAAGAGGUAAUCCUUCCACUACCACUUCAUCAAAUGUAACUACUCCAAUGUUAUCAUUGAAUUUAGAUACAUUAAAAUAUGAAAAUGGAAAUGAAAAUAAAACAACUAAUACAAAAAAUACCAAUAAUGAUAACGUUACGCACUUUUUUAAUGAGAAUAAUAAAGAUGAAAAAAAUCCUCCUGCCACAACCACAACAACGACAACAACUAUCACCGAUGAAUUGGAUUGGUUAAAAUUUGGAAUGUAA